UCGUGCAUGUUCGGUCGGGUUGAUCCGCUGUAAAAUUGGAAUAAAAAUCGGUUUCAUCUAGGUACGUGCAAAUUCCCAUUUCACAACCGAUAGCGAUAGUGCAGAACUCGUUGAAAGUAAAGUGAGGUAAAUGUUAACGUUUCUCCGCCGCGCCGUAGUUUCCGUAGAUUUAUCUCGCGGCAGUUGUGUGAUACCGAGGCUGCUUCACCGGUCCCCGUCGGUGGUUUCGUUUGCUCAGGCCGAAGAAUCAAAACCCGCCACUACGUUCCUUGUCCAAAUGGCCGAUGCUGUGGAGCAGAAUAUCACCGAUAAAAAAAAACGGCACGAAGAACGCUACCAACAGAAGCGUCAGCAGCAGGAAUCCAAAAGCCGCUACAAUGGAAUAGUGAAGAAACGCAGAUGGGAAGAUCCUCCGACGGAUCCGGAGGCAGUACGGAACUUUGAUCCCGCGACGCGUGUUAAAAAGCGAAAGUGCGUCAUUGUGAUGGGCUAUUCGGGAGUCAAUUAUUUUGGGAUGCAGCGGAACCCGGGAACAAAAACCAUCGAGGAGGAGCUACUGGUGGUCAUGCUGAAACACGGCUGGAUCAGCGAAGAAGCAUUCAACCAGCCGCAGCAGAUACAGUUUCAGCGAGCGGCUCGAACCGAUAAGGGAGUCUCGGCAGCAACACAGGUGGUUUCGAUAAAGUUGCCGGAAACUUUGGAUAUUGAUGCGCUGAAUAAGGAUUUACCGGAACAGAUCAAGGUGUUUGCUGUGAAGCGAGUGACCAAAGGGUUCAAUUCGAAGUCGAAUUGUGACGCACGAACGUACACUUACACGCUGCCGACGAUAUCAUUUGCUUUGAACGAGGAGAAGGUGGACAUCCAAAGCUAUAGAGCUCCGGAAGAGCGACUGAAAGUGGUGAGUGAGACGUUGAAGCUGUUUGAGGGAACGAAAAACUUCCAUAACUUUACGAGUCGUAAAGAAUUUAUCGAUCCAUCGUCUAAGCGUUUUAUAAUGUCUUUCGAGUGUGAGAAGCCUUUCAUCCCGGAAGGGACAACGGUUGAAUUCGCAACGAUUAAGAUCAAAGGUCAGAGUUUUAUGUUGCACCAGAUUCGUAAAAUGGUUGGCCUGACGUUGGCCGUUGUGCGUGGAUUGACGCCGUCGGAAACGAUCGUGAAAGCUUUCGAUGUGGUACGGUACGGUAUUCCGACAGCACCCGGGUUGGGCUUGGUGCUAAACCGAAUCCACUACGAAAAGUACAAUGUACGUUACGGUGAGGAUGGGUGCCACGAAGCGUUGGACUUCCAGAAGGAGGAGGAGCAGAUUCAGGAGUUUUUUCGGAAGCACAUUGCUGCCACUAUUGUGGAGACUGAGCUGAAGACCCAUUCGAUGUUUGAAUGGCUGGAGACGCUACCGUUGCACAGCUUCGACCCUAGGGAUGAGAACGAAUGCAAGGAUGGGAAAGGUAAACAAAAAAGUAGCGAUGAAAACGAUGAUGAUGAUGAGUAGGGUGAUUUUAUUUGAACUUGUUUGAAAAGUAGUUGGAGAAGUAAUAUAUAUUUUGCAGGAGUUGUGCUGCAUUUAUAUGAACAA